AUUUCGGACUUUUCUCCGCGAUUAAUCAUCCAGAAGGGGCAGUGUUUUACAGCAUCGUGAAAGUCUGUCUGGAAACUGUAAAUUAAUUGACAAAAACUUAGCCGCUUUUUGGUGAAAAUGGUUUAAAUCGAUUAAAAAACAUCAUCGGAUUCCUAAUGAGAAGAUUAUCGAUUUUGCCUUUUGGAAAAUUGUGAGGUACAAAGAUUUUGGUUUUGUUCCCCAACCAUUGACCAUCGAUUACCAACAAAGGCGGAACAGUUUUGGAAAAACAAUUUUCAGCCCAUCCUUCGGCAAGCGGACAGAGUAAGGAUCGCAUGAAGAAAAAGAAGAAGCUGCCAUGGCCGAUAUGAUGCGAAUGAGCGGAAGUGGGGGAGCGCUUGGAGGAGGAUUUCAACGAGACAAACUCGGAUCCCCAUCAACCGGAUCCGAGGAUGGCGGUGGAUUCGAUCUCGGGGAUAUUGCCCAGGAGUUGGAUCAAGACGAGUUCGAUGGACCAACUACAUUGAACGGAGAUCGUCCAGCUAUAACAGCGCCACCGGAGAGUGAGUGGUAUCACGGAAGACUGGAUAGAUUUAGUGCUGAACAACGACUCAAAUCUGCUUCGCGUUUAGGGAGCUAUCUUGUGCGCGAAAGUGAUCGGAAACCUGGAUCGUAUGUGUUGAGCUACUCGGGGCGAACCGGGAUAAACCACUUCCGUAUAACUGCAGUUUGCGGCGAUUUCUACAUUGGAGGGCGUCAAUUUUUUUCACUCAGUGAUUUAGUCGGUUACUACACUUCCUGUAGUGAUCUGCUGAAACGUGAGCGAUUGGUUUAUCCGGUCGCUCCACCUGAGCCCGUGAAUGACAAGAAACGUGUCGUGGCCAUUUUACCCUACACUAAGAUGCCCGACACAGAUGAAUUGACCUUUCAGAAGGGAGAUAUUUUCUUCGUGCACAACGACAUGGGUGACGGGUGGCUCUGGGUCACUGCUCAUCGUACUGGUGAACAGGGUAUGAUUUUUCGUGAAUUGGUUGAAGAUCUGGAUCCUAGCAUAGAUCCAAACACUGUCUUCUCAUGGUUCCAUCCAACAUGCUCCAAGAAUGAGGCAGUUGAUAUGCUAGUAAAAGCAGGACCAGGCAGUUUUCUCGUACGUCCCAGUGACAAUUCCCCGGGAGACUACUCACUUUUCUUCCACAUCAACAAUCAAAUUCAACGUUUCCGCAUUGAGAAGAAGGGCGUUCGGUAUCUUAUGGGAGGCCGAACGUUCGAAUGUCUUGAUGCUGUUAUCAAUCGUUACCGCAAGGAACAGAUUGUAGAAGGUCACACUUUGAUGCAUCCCGUUAUCAAUGGCAGUCAACCGGAAUACCAUCCGCCAACCAAUGUGGCAAGUGCGGCCGAGAAAAUUUAUGCCACUCUGCGUGAGUGCCGCGAUCAGAAUAUACUGAAGAAAACGAAAGGUAUCAAACAUCAUGGCUAUUUGUUAAAGAAAUCCGACAAAACUGCCAAAUGGAAGCAGUUGUACUUUGCCUUACUCGUCGAAGGCUCGGAAACACAUCUUUGCUUCUAUGAUAGUCCUAAGAAGACUAAGCCAAAAGGUUUGGUUGAUCUCUCGUGUGCUUAUCUUUAUCAGUGCCAUGAAUCGUUCUGGGAGAAACAGUUCUGCUUCCAGAUUGUUGAGCGUGCGCUUCCAUGUCUAGCAACCAUAAGCUAUUUAUGUGCCAAUAGCCAGGAGAGCUACGUUGAAUGGGUAAACGCACUGAAAUCUCACUGCGUUUCUCAGCUUAGCAAAGCUCAAUCUAAGGUUCCACGACUGCGCGAAUUGCGGUGUUUAAAUUUGCAGAUACUCGAAGCGCACCGGUUGCCCUUCAAACUCGUUCCACAUCCGUAUUGCAUUGUGUCGCUUAAUCAGGUGAAGGUUGGAAAAACACGCGUCAAAAGUGCCCCGGAUCCCGUUUGGGAGGAAGAAUUCGUACUUGAUGAUGUGCCUCCGGAUGUGGUAACCGUUACAAUUACAGUGCUCAGCAAAGGCAAGCGAGGAAAAGAUUCUGAAGUAGCCGAACUAACCGUGGAUUUGUGUGGUUUGAAAAAUGGUCAAGAAACCGAGGAAUGGUACCCACUAAUCGGCAUGACUCCGAUGGGCGAAUGGGGUUCUAUACGUUUACGUAUACGCUAUUUGGAUGAUUUGGUGAUGCCAUGCGAGGAGUACAGCCCACUUCAGCAGUUGUUGGUAGAACCAGAACUCAACGCUGUAAGGGCCCUGGCAGAAAUUUGUCACAACGAUCGUAUUCCGUUGGCUACCUCUUUGUUGAAAGUAUUCCGCCACGAAAAACGUGAAACAGAGUUGCUGAGAAUUCUAUGUCAAGCUGAAGUGGCGCGAGAAAAUGAAACAACAACACUGUUCCGCGGAGCUUCACUCGCAACGACACUAAUGGAUCUCUACAUGCGUGCCGAAUGUACGCUAUUCUUGCAAUCGGCCGUUUCCGAUACAAUCCAAAGAAUUCAGGAUAGCAAACAAUCCGGUGAACUCAACCCUACCAAGAUGGAUGUCAACGACGAUGCUUGCUCAAAUGCUGAAUUUUUGUUAAUGAUCCUGGAUCAAGUGACUCAAUCGAUUUUUACUUCACCCGAUGCGUGUCCUCGAACGGUACGAUUUAUCUGCAACUGUCUCCAGAAAGCAGUUGUCGCCAAAUGGCCCUCACCAACAGAACGCCUGGUGCGGACACGGGUUGUGUCAGGGUUUAUCUUUUUGAGAUUGCUUUGCCCUGCCCUUCUUAAUCCCCGUCAAUUUGGUCUAGUCAGCGAAACGCCACAUCAAAUGGCAACGCGCACUCUAAUUAUGGUAGCCAAGUGCUUGCAGAAUCUGGCAAAUUUGGUUGAAUUUGGUGGAAAGGAACCGUACAUGGAAGUUGUCAAUCCAUUCAUACUGAAGAACAAAGAACGCAUGAUUGUCUUUCUGGAUCAACUUUCUUCCAUCACAGAUCCAAAUCCACCUCCAGGAUGCAUGAUAGAACAAAAUAUGUCUUCAACGCUCUCUAGCACGGAUGCUGGACGGGAACUGGCAACUCUGCACCAUAUUUGCGUUUCGUACCUACCGGAAUUGCAAUCCAUGAGUAAGACUAAUAAUUCGCUCAAGAAACUGGUUACUGUAACAGAAAUGCUUUCAAAGCACAAACUCAAGUAUCGAGAGAUGAUCAGCUAAUCAGCUAAUGUUUUGUGCUAGGAAGUUCGCAUAUACAUAUAUGCGUAAAUGAUAAGAUUAAGAAUGUCUUAUAAUAAUUAUACUUAUAUAUAUAAUCGACGAAACAUGACUUGCAUGAAUAAGCCACGUUAACACAGGAAUGAGCAGGAUUCAAUCGUUUGCAAGGUAUAUCUUGAGCAUGUAUUAAAAAAAUUUCAAAUCCUGAUGACAACAGAUAAUCAACAAAGAAAAAGAUGAUAAGAUUUAGAUCGCAAAUGCUAAUUAUCACUGAGUAAAAUUUACACCGCAUUUAGUAAUUCGGUAGCCCCUUGUCACAUUUUGUGUUUUUUAUAAAAAUAGUUCAGUUCACAAUGAAUACCACUAAUUUUCGAUUCAAACUAGAAACUGAGCUGAAACUGCCGUAAUUAUGUCGACAAUUUGUGACAACAGAGAAUUAUCAGAAAAUAAUCAAGUCGCCAGGAACAUUCUACGUAUGUAGCACAAAUUUUUGAAUCACAUUGAAAAAGGUCGACUAACGGAAAAAACAAAAACAAGACAGUUCUGGUGAUGCAUUAUUUUCACGCUUCCUCUCGCUAUAAACAAUACUGUAGCAUUACUAAUAAAUCCGAAACGUAGUCUCCAAAUUUGUUUUAUCAAAUAAAAACGAUUGUCGUCUAGUUAAGCCCAGCAUAACAUUACGAUCUGAAAGAAAUGACAGUUUUCAUUGAAACCGAAGCCUAAAGAUGCUUCUCAUAAUGGCCAAUUUAUUUGCACAGUUUUAUACCUUACAUGCAGUUUACUUGGAAAGUUUUGAAUGGGAGUUUCAACUGUGCAUUCAUGUAAUGUUUUCUGUUGCAACACCAUCAAUGCCGCAGAAUGGAAACUGUCAUUCUUUAAGUAGUAUUGUGAAUGAUAACUUUAAAAUUUGUAGCAAAAAAAUCCCGAAUAUACCAAAAAAAAAACGUAUAGAAAAAAACAUUUCAGAUAAGUGAUAGUUUGCUACUCAUAGGGGUUAUAACCUUUACGAAGAUUUGCUCUAACGAAUAAUUGAAAAUAGCGAACGAAUAAAAUGCAAAUUAUGCCAUACAGUGUCUACUUUAUUUGGCCAUGAAAAAAAUACGCGCUAAUUAUUGACACAUGAGCCCGUUUAGUUAUAUGUAAAUGUUUAUAUUAUAUUUUGAUACCAUUUUUAUACUCUUGGGCAUUAUCUAUAUUUUAUCCCGAACUCUUUAUGUAAUCCAGAUGAUCAAUUAGGCCAAGCUCUAGCCCAAAAAUUUUCAAUGCAUUUUUAUGAUCAUGUAUUUAACGUGAAAUAAAACUAAUUAUUACCACUUA